AUGAUCCCGAGUAGCCGGUCAUGGCGCCCAGGAUAUGCGACCGCGGGGACGCUUAAGCGCAUGGUGGCUCCGACCGCUGUUGCGCGGGCUCCCAAGCCGAUCGCUCGUGUCCUGGCGCCGGUACGACCGCUGCACUCGGCACCCACCCCUUCGCCCACACCGUCCGCUGCGACAGCGGCGGCGGACCCCCAAAAGUUGAAAAUUGUCACUGCCUACGCCUUCGCGGCUAAGCCUCGCGAGAAAGAGGAGGACCAGAGUGACGAAAAAGAGGCUUCUCGUGCUGUAUUCCCUGAGCGUGCCAUUGAUCCCAAAAGUGAUCUCGGUCUAUGGCGCAGCAAAAUGCUCAAGGGUGGCGAUGCAGGCGAGGAUGCGCUGAUGGUCGCCAAGUCACCGGAUCAGUCUACUUUCCUAUUAGGUGUGGCUGACGGUGUCGGUGGCUGGACCGAAUCGGGCGUGGAUCCGUCGCUCUACUCUAACGCACUGCUGCACUAUGCGGCGCAGUUUGCUGAGCGACACCCGACCAUGCCCACACCGCAGGCUAUUUUGCAGUAUGCCUUUGAUCAGGUUGCCCAAAAUCCUGACAUCGAGGCAGGCAGCUCGACUGCCUGUCUGCUCCGCUUGGACACGUCGACCGGUCGCAUGUCGUGUGCCAAUGUGGGUGACUCGGGCUUUGUGCACUUGCGUCCUGACCCUGCCAGUUCAGAGGGGCGGAUGUAUGUGGUCAACAGCUCUGCGCCUCAGCUGUACGGAUUCAACUGCCCGUACCAGCUCGCCAAAGUACCUCAGAGUAUGCUUCAGCCCGGGUCGUUGACGAACUACCCCAGCGACGCCUCGCUGCUCGAGGUGGACUUGCAGCGCGGCGAUUUGGUACUCGUGAUGACCGAUGGGUUCUUGGACAACGUACAUUGCAAGCUCCCGCCAAAAGAGUCACUAACGCCUGAUGCUCCUCAGCGGCCCGAGUUGUUGCAACUUAUUGACAUGUUGCAGGACAAGCACCGCGAGCACUGGGUGAAGACGAAGAAAGCUGGCGCCACAGCAGCGGACGAGAAGCAGGACUUUGCGAAUGUGGUGGCAUCGACGUUGAUGCAGUAUGCACGCCUAUGUCAGAUGACCGAAGAGAAAGUGAGUCCCUUCCAAAUUGAUGCUGCGCGACAUGGCAUCCACUAUCCUGGAGGUAAAAUUGAUGAUAUCGCGCUCAUUUGCGCGGCGGCUGUGUAA